AUGCUAGGUUCCUAUAUAUAUAUUUUCGCUGCAAUAAUUUCAGUUUUAUCCGCUUGGCUGUCAGAUCGACAAGGGCAACGCUCACUUUUACUUUUCUUCCAUGUUCUAUGCAUUGUUGUUGGCUACACCAUCAUCAUCUCAGGUUCAGCGAGAGGCUUUCCAGGUGUUGUCUAUUUUGGGACAUUUGUGGUCGUAUCUGGUAUAUAUCCUGCUCUUCCGGCUAUUGUUACAUGGCUGAGCAACAAUAUGGCCGGUGACUAUAAGAGCGGCCGGAAUGGCGAUACAAAUUGGAGUUGGGAAUUUUGCUGGAGCCAUGGCUUCGAGCCUCUACCGAACACAAGACGCACCGACAUACUAUCUAGGCCACGGCCUAGAACUCGGGUUGGCCUUUUUCGGCCUACUCGCUAUCAUCGACCUCCGAGUUUCCUACCAGAUCGUCAAUAA